UCGGGGGCCAGGUGGGGUUCAGGGCCAAGUUUGUCCGACACGGUGGCUGACCGUAGCAGGAUGCCCUACGGUCCAGAUAAGCAACGAAUAUUCUUGUUUUGUAUGAGUAUGUCCCACGUUUUGCCUGGGGUACAUACUUAUGCGAAAAAAUGACUCCUCAAUUCUCUGAAUUUCUUCUGAAUUUCUCUGAAAUUCAAAUUUCAUCGGCGUCCUGUACUUUUACUCGGUAAAUCUGGUAGCCCUAUUCAGGGCGUGGGUUCGGGGUGAGGUGGGAGGUGUCCCAAGCCCAGCCAGACCACCUGGGACGAGUUUUCUGCGGGGGACACGGUGGGGUCGAGAAUCCUUCCGCCCUCCUGGACUCGUGAUCUAGACCAGGAAGGAAAGCCAAGUUAUCAUUUCAAGAAUGGCAGUUGAUUGAUGAGCACGGCGGAGAACCCCCACGCUCCCCACAUCAGGGGAAGAAGGAGGGGUGGGCAACUGCCCACUGAGAUGAGGGCCAAGCCGGGGCUGGAGGGAGGUGACGGAGUUGGUGGGCAGGUGUGGGGAGAGCAUCCCAGAUGGGGGAACAGCAUGUGCACCGGCAUGUGGCGUGUCUUACCAACACCCAGACCAUCCAAGUUCACCCCACGGCCACUUACUGUGUGACCUUGGGUGAAUGACUUCAUCUCCUAGGUCUCAUUCUCUUAUCUGCAAAACAGGGAUAGCAACAAUGCCUAUCUCAUGGAACCAUUGUAAGGAUUCAGUAAGUUACUCUAUGCCGUGUUUUUCUUUUUCUUUUCCUGUAGGGGCUUAAACAAGAUAGAUUUAUUUCUCUCUCCUAUAGGGAGGUACAGUGGCAGGCAGGCUGAUACAAGUUAGACACCUGAACUCCUUCGCUUCGUCAUUCUCCCAUGCGUGGCUUUUGUGCCUAAGGCCACCUCAUGGUGCAUAAUGCCUGCUGAUGCUCCGGCCGUUGGGUCCACAUUCCAGGCAGCAGGAUGGAUUCAUGUUUUACCUACAGCCAAGUGCACACAUCUUAGCGAAACCGCUUGGCGGACUUUAACACUUGUGUGGUCGCUUCCUAGAUCGGGUCACCCCAGAAAAUUCCCUGGUGCUAGGGUGAGGCUCUUAAAAGAUUUUGAAAACCUCCCCAUGGAAGGGGCAAGAGGGAACUCGGGUGGGAUGGCUCCGUUCACCACCUCGAUUGUGGCGAUGGUUUCUUGGGCUGUAAAGGUGUCAAAGCUCAUCAGAUCGGAUGCUCUAUACGAUUAAAAUUUAUUGUGCGUCUGUUAUAAAUUAAGCCCGGGUCACCUAAGUCCCCCACCCCCUGUUCCCACGUGGAUGGAAACAGUCUGGAGGGUUCAGGGUGAAUGGAAUUUGGAGCACCUCUUGUUGGGCAGCUUUGGGGCAAGGGUAGGAGCUCACAAGCGGCUCCCCUGCCUGUUCGGCCCUCCCCAGGCAGGUCUGAUUCAACCGCCUGAGUGUCCCCUUGUCCCUGCAGGCCAGGUGGACACCAUGCUGAGGGACUUCCUGCCCUGCUACCGCGAGCAGCUGGCGGCCUCUGUCCUGCGACAGAUCUCCCGUGAGCUGGGGCCCCAGGAGCCCACCGGAUGCCAGCUGAUGCGCAGUAAAAAGCUUCCCCGAGUCCGUGAGCACCAAGGGCCUCUGACCCAGCUGUGGGGCCACCCGCCUCGGUGGCAGCCGAUCUUCUGUGUCCUGCGGGGGGAUGGCCGCCUGGAGUGGUUCAGCCAUAGGGAGGAAUAUGAGAAUGGGGGCCAUCCCCUCAGCUCCGUGGCCUUGACAGGGUAUACUGUCCUGACUUCCCAGCGUGAAUAUCUCUGCCUGUUGGAUGCUCUCUGCCCAGUCUCCUCAGGAGAGCAUACCCAGGAAGAGCCCGAACCCCUCCUGGAAAUGCCCGUGAACUUCCCCCUGUUCCUGCAGCACCCCUUCCGCCGGCACCUCUGUUUCUCCGCGGCCACGGGGGAAGCGCGGCGGGCUUGGAGGCUGGCCCUCCAGGGUGGCAUCCGGCUCCGUGGGACAGUCUUACAGCGCAGUCAGGCCCCCGCAGCCCGUGCCUUCCUGGACGCCUUAAGACUCUAUCGGCAGCGCCGAGGCCACUUUGGCGAGGACGACGUGACCCUGGGCUCGGAUGCCGAGGUGCUGACCGGGGUGCUGAUGCGGGAGCUGCUGCCGGCGCUGCGAGCCCAGACCCUGCCCGGCCUGCGGGGGGCCAGCCGCAACCGUGCCUGGGCCUGGACCGAGCUCCUAGACGCAGUCCACGCUGCCGUCCUGGCCGGGGCCUCCGCCGGGCUCCGCGCCUUCCAGCCGGAAAAGGACGAACUGCUGGCGGCCCUGGAGAAGACCAUCCGCCCGGACGUGGACCAGAUUCUGCAGCUGCGGGCGCGCGUGGCGCGGAGGCUGCGGGGGGAGGUCGAGGGCCCCCUGGAGUCCUGCCUGCGCGGGAGGGUGGACACACAGCUGUCCCGGGUCACGCAAAAGCUGCUGAGCACCGUGGAAGCCGUGCUCUCAACAGUGCAGACCCUCCUAGCCCAGGGCAUGGACCGCCUGUCUCGCCACCUGCGUGGGAGCCCCUCUAGCACCCGCUUGCGCAAGGAGGUUUACUCGUUUGGGGAGAUGCCAUGGGACUCAGAGCUGAUGCACGCCUGCUACCGUGAGGCUGAGCGAAGCCAGAAGCGUCUGGGGCAGCUGGUGGCGCCAUUUGGCUUCUUUGGCACACGAAGCCUGGUAUUUGGGGCCCAGGAUCUCGCACAGCAGCUUAUGGCUGACGCCGUGGCCACCUUCCUACAGCUGGCGGACCAGUGUCUGACCACAGCUCUGGACUGCACCCAGGCUGCCCAGCAGUUGGAGAAAGUCAGGGGGCGUGUGCUGAAGAAGUUCCAGUCGGACAGCAGCUCAGCGCGGAGGAGGUUCAUCCGUGGAUGGUUGCUUUGUAUCUUCUUGCCCUUUGUGUUGACCCAGCUGAAGAGUAGCUGCAAAGCGGAGCUGCCUGAGUUCGAAGGGGAGGUCCUCGCUGUGGGUAGCCCGGCCCUGACCAUCGAGGGUACCUAUGAAGACGUUGUCCGUGGGGUCCUGCUGCAGAGGAUUGAUGGAGCCCCGAGAGUUCUUGGAUCUUCUGGGCUGGGAAGUGGUUCCAGAACCAUCUCUUCUCCUUCUUGCUUCUUCAGUUUGCUUGUGACCCACUGCCUGUGACUGAAGAGAUGUGUGCUCGGAUGAGCCAUGUGACUUUCAGGGAAUGUCAUGGCAUCCCCGUGGCUGAUACAGAGGAUAUGAAGGGGAAUGGAAGGAGAGGAGGCAGGAGGCUGCUGGGGCAGGUGUGCAGGGCCUUGAAUAACAGGCAGAGGAGGUUAGGCUUUAUUGGGCAGGCAAUGGGGAGCCAUGGAGGGUGUGUGAGCAGAGGGCAACACCGGCCACACCGGAAGCCAGGGGAGGAGGUUGAGGGCACAGUCCUAGAGGCAAAGGAUGGACUGAAGGUGCAGCACACAAGGGGAUAGAGCCCAGGCGUGAAGCUGAGGUGGGAGCCUGAGGUUGUUGGGCGUCACUGAGGGCACAGGAGGGGCCACGACACUGGGAAUGGUGUUUACAGGGAAGAGUGGAGUCCUGGAGCGCCUGUAUCUGAAGGAGCAAACAGGAAGUAGGGACACAGAAGGAGCAGUUGGAGGGGGGGGGACCCAAAGACAGUAGGGUUCUAGGAGCCAGGAAGUAAGGGUGACAAAAAGAACUAAGUUCCCUUAGAAAAGGGGCAUUUUAAAUGGAAGAAGGCUGUUCUCUAAUUGGAAACAAACAAACAAAAAAACCCGGAAACAGGUAACCUCAGAGAGUCUCUAUUCCUAGAGGGGUCCUUGGUGGUGUUUCAUCCUUAAUUGACUUGUAAUGUCUGCUUGGAGUGUUGUGUUGGCAGGUAGGGUUGGUAGGGGGCUCAGUGAAGAUGUGGGGAUCGACUAGCAAUGUCUGUCACGGCCACAGGUAUGGAGAGAGGGUUAUUUGAGCCACUUGUUUUGGGUUCCUGGUUGAGACAUUUCCUGCCAUCCUUUGCCCUCUUGUGGCCUCUCUGAGAGAACGCAUGGCAUCCCCAGAUGGGUCCAAAGGUUUAUCUCUUGCUUUAGAACUGAAAAAGGCCCUUGGUGUCAGCGACACGUCCUGCGCUCUGGAUGGCUGCUCGGAGGCCCCAUGGGACCCGACAGGAGCAGG